AUGUCAAGUGCUCCUGGCCUGAACUUGCAGGAGCUCGAAGACUUGAGGGACAAGGUGCAUUGGCUCCUGCGGCUCGCGGGAGACAUGCACAUCAUGCUCGACGUCCAUUCGGUGCUGCGCCGUCAGAACGCAAAGCUGGACAUCCCACACAUCUAUCUGCAACACAAGGGGGACAAGGACUUCGUUUCGGAGCACGCUGAGGAAGAGAAGCCCAAGAAGAUUCCUUCAGACGGGCACGUCUUGGAGUUCAGGGGGGGUGAUGCCGGCCACUGGGUGUACAUGCACAAAGGCGAGGAGAAGUACAACUCCUACACCCGGGACCACCAGAAAUCCGGCUCGCAUCAGUUCUGCCAAUCUUUCGCCCUGCUGGGGGCGUGUGCGUCCAGUGCUGCGGAAGGCCAGCUCCAUAAGCGGGGCAAAACCAUGGGAAGCCUUUUCGAGGCUUUGAAGCCCGGAGCCGCCAACCACGGCGCAAACAUCCGAGUUGUUGUCACACUGUGGGAUGACUACUUCCAGGCCGUUGAAGCAGAUGGCUCGGAGGUGAAGGAGUGGUUCUUCAAUUGCGUCAACGAGGUCAACGACUAUCUACUUGAAUCGCAAGAGGAGAAGCCUGGACGGAAGACGCUUAAUUCGAGCGUCAAGAUGAAGCCCAUUGCAGAGAAGGGUGUGCAGAUCACGAUGAAGCUGCUGCGUGAGAAGCUCAAGGACAUCUCCCAAAAUGCAGAUCUCAUCGCCAAGUUCGUCUGA